GCGGUAGUGCGACCCACGAGGAAGAAUGGGGAAGAUGACGUCAUUACGCUGUGCGUCAGCUGGUGUUUGCGGUAGCAGGGAGCUUAUGGCGGGUUAUCAGAAACAAGUCCCACUUUAACCAGAACCACCAGAACAGACGCCCCUCACAUCCUCAGACCAUGGCCUCCGAGGCGGCGGCGCCCGCGGCAGCGUUGGCGGACCCUGCGUCGUCCAGCGCGGCGGUGAGCUCCAUCCGGGAGCGGACGAUCGCAGAGAACAGCCUGGUGGUUCUGCUGCAGGGUCUGCAGGGGGAGGAGACCACCGUGGACCUGAGGAACGAGAGCACGGCGCGGGGCCGCCUGCUCAACGUGGACGCCUUCAUGAACGUCCGCCUGCGGGACGUGGUGUACCGGGACCGGCGGGGACGGAGCGCCCGGCUGCAGGACCUGUUCAUCACGGGCAGGAACGUGCGCUACGUGCACAUCCCCGACCACGUGGACAUCCUGAAGACCAUCCAGAACCAGCUGGCCCAGAUCCACAGAGUCCGCAGCUUUGGCAGCGAAGGCGGCGGCGGCAGGAAGGAGUUCAGCAGGACGACCAAAUGACUCGUUUCUCGUUAGUUAAACAUUUCUGAGCUCUGCAGGUCCAGAGAAUCCUCCACGUCUCAAACCCUGGUUCUGUUCUUCAGAACAUUCGCUGAGGGCCUGGACCCGUUUUGGUUUGAAGUUUGUUCUGAUUUGUUCUGCAUGAACCGUCUGAUUUCUGUUGGUAAUAAAAGAACUAAACUGUCCAAAGCCACCGGA